AUGGGCUCGCGGCCAGAUUUCCUCGAACUACAUGGCGAUGGCUCUCGCUCUGCGCGAGGGAGUCCCUCCCCUCGCAUCGAACACUUCGACGGUGAAAUACCACCCGCCCUCUCUCCGCUCGACGCAUUCGCAGCUCAAGGUCGCAUGUUGGCGAGGCAGCUGGAUGAGUCGAUGAGAAGAGAUCGGCGGAUGAGCCGAUUGCCUCCUCAAAGCGUCGCCAGAUCUUUAUCGCAGCCGCGGCCGGGCUACUUUCGCUCACCCACUUCGGACCACUCUCAACGGUCGCAUGUCACACGCAGCCCCGACUUGAUAGCUAGGCGAGCUAUAGAAGAUCCGAAAUUCAGACCUCAAUCACAGCAUCCGCGCAUCAGCGGCUUGUCGAUUCUGCAUGGCGAUGGCAGUUUCGAUGACCCUAGUCAUACUCCCGUGCCGAGGAUCGAAGACUACGAAAAGGACGCAUCCAGCCAGUACUUUGAGGGACCGCGGGUCGAGACACCUGAAGAAGAUGCGGCCUUGCACCGAGAUGGCUCGGAUUCAGCAAGUAAUCUACCUACUCCUCACUCCAAUUCCCAGGAUUCAUCAUCGAUCUCUCGUGGGUCCUCCUCAGACUCGAAUCAACCUCAAAUCUCGACCACCUUAGCACCACCAGUGUCUCCGAUGCCGCACUCUCUCUACAAUCCUAAAUAUAUGCAACCAGAGAGUUCUGAUGACGACUACACAAGUUCGAAUGCAGGCUCAACAUUCUCCAAGUCGCGCCAACUAUCCUCCGGCAGUGGUAUCUCCAUGCCUCAUUCUCCCAUGUCCCCGUUUGUUCGAUCACACCCAAGAUCUCCUUCGGUCAGCUCAGAAGCCUCGAAUUACCUACCGCGUCCAUCUUUCAACUUUUCCCGGCCACUGAGCCGAUCAAGCACCAGUUUGUCGGCCCCUUCCCCUGUAAUACCAUCCGAAGCACCGACAUCCAACCAAUCCACUAUACUUUCGACUGUCAUGCUGGCUUCAGAUGGAUCUGUCAGAACGGGAAUCCAAAGAGACAACAAACCAGCGCCGAUUGUUCUAGAAGGGGAACCUAUGACACCGUUAGACGAGGAGAUGCCGUCGUCUGCCGUGUCAUCCUAUGUGUACACCAAAUAUUCUUUGCCCCGCGGGCGCAUGGUUUCGAGAAACUCGCUCGUCUUCGCCGGGUUACAAACCCCGCACUUUGAAUGGAAAGAGCCUCUUUUCGAGAGCCCACCUAAUCGCAAUGCACGCGAUCGUACCCCAUCGCCGGAGGCAGCACCGAAGGAAGCACCCAUGGAAGCACCCGUCCAACAGCCACGAACCGAGGAUCAAAACCUCAAGAUCCUAGGUGGAGAGCCCAUCCCUACGCUUGUGGAUCCCUUGGAUACUGUCCCGGAGACUCCUGUUACACGCCAAUCCCAUGAGAUCCCCAGAGGUCUCAAAUCUUCACAGGAACCGCUUCACACUCUUCAUCGUUCCAUGAGCGAGCAUCUAGAUGAUUCCAAGUCGUCCUCUGCCGAUUCAGCUAGCACUAUCAGACCCGUCACUGCUAAGACCACCGCUACCACAGCAUCUGCCGUAAACAACCUGUCGGUAGAGGAGCACGUUGAAAAGGGUAUCGAGUGCCAUGAGCAGGGUGCUCUGCAAGAGUCAACAUACCAUUUGCGUAUAGCCGCCAAGCAAAAUCAUCCAACGGGCAUGUUGCUUUAUGCAUUAGCUUGCCGACAUGGCUGGGGCAUGCGACCAAAUCAGCGAGAAGGAGUACAGUGGCUCCGAAAAGCCGUUGAUUCGGCUGGCCUCGAAAUGGCAGAUGACGACGACGAUGAUAAAUCUGUUGGUGGUAAAGAUGUAGCCGCGCGCAAAGCACGCCGAGCACAAUUCGCCUUGGGAAUAUAUGAGCUCGGUGUCAGUCAUCUGAAUGGUUGGGGUAUUGAACAGGACAAAGCUUUGGCUUUGCGAUGUUUUGAAAUUGCUGCACGGUGGGGUGAUGCGGAUGCUCUGGCUGAAGCGGGCUUCUGCUAUGCUCAGGGUGUUGGCUGCAAAAAGGAUUUGAUGAAAGCUGCACGAUACUAUCGAAAGGCGGAGGCUAAGGGUAUGAGCAUGGUUGGUAAUAGUUGGAUCUACAAGGAUAAGUACAUGGCCGACGAUGACGAUUCGCGACAAUCGCGGCACUCGCGUAGUCGCCAGUCAGGCAUGUCUGAGAAGAAUCCACGCAGCAAAUCUCGAACUCGCAGCAUCUUUGGACGAAAAAAAUCGACUGUUUAG